AUGGCCGCUAUCCACAGAGCCUGUAUACUCAGCCAGCCCCUCCCCCACAAACACACACAGCGCUUACAAAAACGGCUCACCGAUAUCUCGAUCCAAGCCACCCUAAUCCUUGUUCUACCGCCUGGGUUGUCCUUCAUAUUCCUAACCCUCCACACUCGCACUCACUCCGACGGUGUCCUAACCCUCAAGGCUUGCAGCAGUGUCCGGAAGAUUGCCCAAUCCAAGAAAAAUCCAGAAAAGCAAAAGCGAAGACAAACGACCUCAUCGUGUUCCCUUCUUCCAUUACUCUCGGUCUCGCUGCUCGGAAUUUGUCCGCCCCGAUUUACUGCAUUUUACAUAAACCCAUCAGCUUGCGAUUCGCUACCUACCCCAGGUUUUGUAUACUUUGGGCUCAUCCGCAGAUUCGACUUUUGGUUCCCGGUUCAUCCUCUGGUCUCGAGCUCCAUUGUCGUUCUGCGCUGCCGCCAUCCCCGACUCGAGCGGAUCAGCCUCUCCUCCCCACACCCACAGCAUCCUUCCACCGCCCACGCGGGCUCGCCCGCCUGCCAGCCUGCACCAAAUCCCUCAGCUAUCAUCCUUCCGACAAUCUCACAGUCAUCGACUCUUACCCGGCACAAAUAA